GUCGAAAGAUAUUAAGAAUUUAGUCAUGGAGCCCAAUAAACCUGAUUGGAAUGAUAUCGAUCUAACCAUUUACUUCCAGAAUGUUUAUGACGAACCUACUGGGUCAAUUGACUACAACAUCAUUGGGAAAUCAGAGAUAUCUAAAAAAUCAGAAUCAUAUCAAGCCUAUUACAUCGAGAACAUAACUGAGGAGAUCAAAGGAGCUUCUGGAAACGCCUCGAACCAAGCUAGACUUCCAGACCUUACCCAGCAUACAAUUAAUGAGCAGAGGCCAGUAAUCCUCGAAGAAGAAAGAAAUGUAAGCUGUCAGACUAAGCCUGUUAGCUAUAUUCUGAAGUAUUUAGAACCUCGGGAGGAAGAUUUUGGUAGCACAUUAUAUACGCUUCUCAACAAGAUCGCAGGUCAACAAUCUCUUAAAAGGGUGCCUCUCAAGAAGAUUCUGAAGAUCCUAAAACAUACAAAAGAGCUCAUUGACAAAUUCUUUCAGACCACCAAAGAAAAUUGAAAAUCUUACAAAGACUUCAAUCAGAAAUAAACCUAUCUUAAAAAAAGCCCUAUUCAUCCUCCACUACCUCAUCCUCCACCUUACCCACAAAAUCACCCACCUACCCCAACCCCUCACCCCACCCUAACACUCCACCUCACCCCUCCAACCCUCCACCCCCUACUUCUCCCCCACCCCUCCACCCCCUUCUUCCACUAAAACCUCCUUCCAGCCCAGUCACAAACCAGUCACCCCACAGCUGCAGCUGUGGGGUGACUGGAAGUGUAGAGGGGAUUGAAGAGGUUAAAGAGGAAAUUUAGUGAAAGAAGCUUGGAGGGUGCCGGAAGGGUGCCGGAAGGGUAGGUUUGAUAGCGAGGGUGUAAUGUAGGGCUGGGUUUUGGGGUGUUGGGGAAUUUUGAAAGUGGGUGGAAGGAUAGGGGUUGUGGAUAGGUUGUUUUUGGACUUUUUGGGGGUAAAUUUAGAGUGUCUACUAAUGAUCCGCUGUAUAUCGUUUCUAGAGGUAGUGAUCAAGAUUUGGAUUAAAAUCAUCAAAGAUGCUGUUAAGAUUGAGCUCAGAAUACUCCUGGUGUUUAAAUUAUAUAAAGAUCUCAAUC